AUGGCGACUGCGCGACCUGCUCCGGCUCGUCGAUUGUUCGUGGACCAGGCGACGCAAUCCGGUCCACGUCGUCAUGCAAGUGUGGAGCGUAAAUCAGAAUUGGACCAAAUUUGCCGCAAAAGCGUGGAACGUUUACGGGAGUUGUUCAACUUCGACUUAGAGCAUAUGGAACCGGUGGCACCAAGGUGGAACAACUCGUGUGAGUUCAAUGCCUGCUUCACCGUAUCCAGAACUAGCGGAUUCGCGCGUUUAUUGGCACUGGGAACGGAUAGAGUUGCAACACAACUACGUCCCGGAAUUCUAUCAUCCAAAGAGGUACCAUUCCGAUAG